UUUGUAAAACACUUAAACGUUUGCCGAGCAUUCAGCGCGACAGUUCACUUAUCCCAGCGACUUAUUUUCUAUCACAAAAAUAAAAGAAACAAAAACAAUACAAACCACAAAUAAAAAAAAAUAAAUUAAUCAGUCAGUCUGAUAGUCAGCCAGCCAGCCAGACCGUCUAUCACUCAAUAAAGUUGUUAUUGAAUCGAGCCAUUUACAAGAUCUAUAAAUAAUCUUUCAAGUAGCCUGUUGGUAACCAUUUUGCAAUCAUGGGUUUGACGCGCGUCCUGGUCAAAGAUGGUGGUUUCGGUACCCAGAUGACCGUCCAUGUCGGCAAUUCGGUGGACGGUGAUCCACUGUGGAGUUCCCGUUUCAAUGCCACCAAUCCUUCGGCCAUCAUUAGCACUCACCUGGACUUCUUGCAAAAUGGAGCCGAUAUCAUUCUGACGAACACGUAUCAGUCCAGCGUGGAGGGUUACAUGGAGUAUCUGGAACUGGACGAGGAGCAGAGCAUCGAGCUGAUUAGGAACACCGUCCGGCUGGCGCACAUCGCCAAGGAGCGCUAUCUCACCGAGUGCUAUCAGGCCCAGCUGUCCGUUCCGGAAGGCUUCCCCCUAAUCAUUGCCUCCAUUGGACCCUUUGGAGCUCAUUUGCACGACGGCUCUGAGUACACUGGCAGCUAUGCCGACUAUGUGCCCGCCAAGGAGAUCACCGACUGGCAUCGCGUCCGGAUUGAGGCCUGUCUGGAGGCCGGAGUAGAUGCCCUGGCCAUCGAGACGAUUCCUUGUCAGAUGGAGGCCGAGGCAUUGGUGGAAAUGCUCUGCGACGAUUAUCCGGACGUGAAAUUCUGGGUGGCUUUCCAGUGCAAGGACGAGGGCACCCUGGCCCAUGGAGAAACGUUUGCGGAUGCAGCCACGGCCAUUUGGGAUCUUCUGGCCGAGCGCAAUGCUCAGGACAAGUGUCUGGCCAUCGGCGUCAACUGUGUCCAUCCCAAAUUUGUGACGCCUCUGUUCAAGAGCUUGAACGGAGAGCGCGGAGCCGACGAACAGAUCCCCCUGGUGGUGUACCCGAACAGUGGCGAGACCUACGAUGUCGUCAACGGCUGGCAAGGCCGCGAGCACUGUGUGCCGCUCGAGAACUACGUCCCGGAGUGGGCGCAACUGGGGGCCAAGGUUAUUGGUGGAUGCUGCCGGACAUAUGCCCGAGAUAUCCGGCACAUUGGGGAAGCGAUCCGGGACUGGAACAAGCUGAAGAAGCUUUCCUAAGCAGCGGGGGAUCUCACUUAAGUCCAACAGAACAAAAUGCAUUUCCAAUUAGUCGUUACUUUUAUACUUUAA